AUGUCUUCGCUCAUGACAACAACGCGUCAUAUCGCUCCUGGGGCACCUGUACCGGUGCCGCUCGCACCUGCAGCUCCCGGUCCCGUUCAAGCUGCGGUACCUACGAAACCACACGAGGAGGCCCCGCCGGUUAUUGGCGCCAACGACAUCAUAUUCGUCAAUGGCCAGGCGUUCAACGGAAGAGGGUACCCAGUAUGCGGUGUUGCAAACCAACGAGGUCGAUUAUGUGGUCGAAUCGGAAGCUGUCCGUUUCACUCCAAGAAAAACUCGUCCGCAAAAAGGCCUCGCUCUGGUGUUUCUACGACAGAUGCUUCAACGUCUUCUAACUCUACGUCCGGAAAGGCAAUGACGGGUACAGAGAACGAAACCGGCAAUGGACCUCUGCAUACUAUCGUGAAGCCUGGUGGACAUACUCGCUCUGCGCACCCUGCUAUUCGCCAGAUGGCAAUCCCACCUCGCCGUUCUCGUUUUAAGCGUUCGUGGACAACAGAUGAACAUAGACGUUUCCUCCAGGCAAUGCGGCGCCAUGGCAAAGGGAAAUGGAAGGAAAUUGCUGUAGAGGUUAAGACUCGAAACGCCAAUCAAUGCCAAUCACAUGCCCAGAAAUAUUUUCUGCGACAAGCCAAAAGCGACUCAGAGCGAAAGAAGAAGUCCAUUCAUGAUGUUACUGAAGCAGACAUGUCUCAAGAAACUGCUGCCCAUGGUGCGACUUCGCUUGUUUGGCCUCCUAUGGGCCUUCAAGCCCUUCCGCAAGGAGUGCCAACUUCUGCCACGUCCACCCAUCCCGCGGCUGUUUCUCCAGGCGGAGUAUCCGUGACUCCGAUAGCAUCUCGGCCUGCAACGUCUGGAGUUCCGUUGGCCCCCCGAUUACCUGCCGAGAAGGUUGAGAACGUGUCCGUGGUUGGGAGGAAUGCAUCUGCGGCGGGUAAUCUGCAUCCUCAUAUAGCGACAGGUGGCAAUGGUUUCGGGGUAGGGAUGUCUGAGAAAUCCACCCACGUUGCAACCUGGGGAGGACCAGCAGUAUCCCGGGACGCGAAGUCGAGCGAUCCUAUGUCGACAAUGGUAUCAGCGCAAGCAACGCAUGGAGCCGCAAAUUCUCUAAUUUCUCGAAACAGUAGUGGCAGCCCAACAAUACCUGUCGUAUUCCCAAUGACGAGUCUCGGUUUGUCGUACGCACCAAUGGUUUCUUCCUUCAUGAACACGUCCAUGGCCAACCCAGGGAACGCUGCUGUCGUUGCCCCACCUCCACCUUCGAAGACUAGAGUCACGGUUCAUGUUAAUGGGCGACUUAAAGGUGGAAUGGCCCUGAUGUUGCCCGAGAGCUUCAGUGAAUUUUUCGAGCACUCUCGUUCGAAACUUCAGUUUGAAGGAACAUUCGCAAGGGUGUUCACCCGCAGUGGCGGAGAAAUCACAAGCACAGAUGAAAUGUGCCAGGACGAUAUGUUGUGGUUGUCUACAGGGGAAGAUUUCUUAACGCCAAGAUAGGAAUGAUAUUCAAAAGCCCCUUGCUAGUCAAUUGCCACAUUAUUGAAGAGAUAAAUACUGUAGAGAUAUUGUACAAAACUGUACAGAGAACAAAACCUUAGCUCAGUGAAAUCUGAAGGCUUUCAUACUGGUCCUUGGCUGGAAGAAGCUUCAGAGAAGUGUUCCCUCCAGUUCCAGCGUGAUUUCGCGGCGAAUGUAAACAAGCAAACACCAGAUGAUUUACUUGCAAUCGAUCUGGAGAAAUUUU